AAAUUAUUAAUAUUAUCAUUUACUUUUAUAUCGCUCGUUUAUACUCUAAGUACUAUACCUGUUCCAGGAAAGCCUGUCUAUAUUCAACAAUCUAAUUCUAUAUGGGUAUUUUCUUUCUCAAGAAAUUCAGUUGCUGAUAAUAUUCUUACAAGAAUUGAUUUAAAUAAAAAUUUUAAUACUUUACAACCACCAAUCGAAGAUUUAUCCUUACGAAUCUCAAAUAAUCAAUGUCCAAUAAUGCAUUUUGCUCAAGCGUUACCUGAUGCUGAUGGUAUCAGUAUUAAUAUCUUUGGUGCUGGAAGUAUCAAUGGAAUAUACGAAUCAUCUAUGACUAUAUGUCAGUAUAAUACACAAACAGAUACUUGGAAACAAAUUACAGAUAUGAGAAAUGUCCCAUUGGCUAGACGCAAUGCUGCUUAUGAAGUUACUCGAUCAAACUUGACUGUUAUAUUUGGAGGAAAUUCAGAGCUUCUUACUGGCCUUAACUUUAACUCGUCAUAUCGUUAUCCAAAUAUAUGGCAUCAAGAAAUAAUAAUAUAUGAUAGCAAAAGUAAUAAUUGGCUACCUACACCAAUAAAGUAUAGUACUGGGUUCACUAGAGUGAAUAGUACAAUAACUCAAAUUAGAGAUACAAAUGGACAAUUGGUUAUCUUAGGUGGAGCUGUUAUUAAUCAUGAAACAAAUUUAGAUAGAGUAACAAAUUUUCCUUUAGCUAAUAUGUCAGAUAUUAUCUUAUUAGAUCCUCGUACUUCAAUCUGGAAUAAUAUCAAAGCAAUAGGCAAUAGUAUGCCUAUACCAAGAAAACAUCAUACUACCACUUUACAUACAGAUGGACGCAGUUUAAUAAUAAUUGGAGGCGAAUAUUUUAACGAAACUGGUGCAUAUCUUUUAAAUGAUGUUUGGAUUUUAGAUACAAGAAAUUUUAGUUGGAGUCAACCACCAUUUAUUGAAGGUGUAGGUCUCUAUAGAUCAAACCAUACAUCUAUCUUAAUCAAAGACCAAAUUUGGGUUAUUGCAGGUACUAAUCGAACAGCAAAAGCAGUUGAUAUACAGCUUUUAAAUGUCAUAAACUGGUCCUGGUCCUAUUUGGCAGUUAAUAUCAAUGCUCAGUCUGACACACAAUAUUCAAAUAUUGGAGGUCUACCAAGACUUAUCGGUAUCGUAGUUGGUGUAGUAGUUUGUACAUUGUUAUUGUUGUUUUUCAUUCUAUGGCAUUGCUAUUGUAGACUUCAAUCUACUACUAAAUUACAUCAAGAUAAAAUUCAACAAAAGGCUCCUAAACAGUUAUUAUGUAAUAAUGUAGCUAAUCCGAAUACUUCACAUAAUAAUAUAUUACAACAGAAAGACUGGAACUACCAACAACAGAUGUCAUUAUUCAAUUAUAGUAAUAAUGUUAUUCCACAAAGUCCUAGUCCUCCUAACAUCACUAGAGAAAAUAAUAAUUCCUAUUUUAGUGAAGCAAAUUGUGAUACUGAAGACACUACAAUUAGUCAUUAUGUCACUCCUCUUAGUAGGCAAUCAUCAUCUCUUUACUGGGAUACUUCUCCGCUAUCAUCUCUUUAUAUGCAAGCAUCGUAAGUUUAUAUACAUAUACGAAUAUUUAGUUUAAAAUCUCAUAUCUAUUGGAAAUGGUUUCCCAUUAUCAUUACCACAAUUUCUUGGUUCACAGCAAUUACAAAAGCCUAAUGAAAUAGAUACUUCAUUACCCUUAAUAGAAGAAUCAGUCACUGUAUGUUCAUCAUCUACUAUUGAAGAUAAUCUACCUGCUAUAGAUAAGAGUAAAAAAGUAUAAUAUACAUACAAACAUACACACAUGCAUU